UAGUGUACAUGUUUAUUUCAACUUGCGAUCACAAUAGCUUGCUUGUAUGCAUUGCAAUGUACGAAAUGCGUAAUGAAAAUUUCUGUUCAUCAUCACUGCUUUUGCCGGGGCGACAACAAUCCCCUGAACACUAAGCCCCGGUAUACUGCACUGCCCCGCCAUAUGGUAGCUGCGCUACUGAUAUAAAAUAGUAAAAUUCCCCAACAAAACGACAUCAACAUAGCGCAGCAGUCCACCUUCUUUUGCAUCGUUUGCAAAAACAGGUCUACCUACUGCCUGCCCCUUCUUUUUCAUAUCGAAUGUGUCCGUUCUCAGAUCUCACAAUAGUCAGUCAGAUUUAGAAAUUCAGAAUCAGACGUCAUUCUAAUCUUUAGUUCGAAGAUGUUCGGUAUGUCUUGUUUUAAACGGGUAGAACGUGAAAUUAAACGCGGGCGUCAAUAUUUUGACCGUAACUACGAUAGAUAACCAUGUAGCAACAACGACAACAACAAUAUUAACAUUUACCGUUGCCACCGUCGCAAGCAACAAAUGUUAAAUAUACACAUGUGUUCUUCGGCAACUAUCACUGCUUUUACAGGUGGUCGACAGGAAUGAUGUUUCGUUUUCUCGUUGAUGAUUGAGUUGUUGAGUUGACUCAUCGCUGGUUAGUUACUGAAGUUAACAUUUCCGGGUUCGGGUUUGAUGUAACGCUCUCUCUUUGUAAUAUAUAUGUAUGUUCGCAUUGUUUUCUUGUUUUCAUUAAUCCAUAUGGAUAUUAAGAAUAUAUAGUUUUUGCCGUGAUCCGAAAAAAUAAUGUGUUGUUUCGUUUUGCAUGUUGAAGUGGUUUGAGUGUGUAGGUGUUUUUAUUUUGUUGGUGCGUUAAUAAUUGAUAGAUUACAAAAGUUUAGUCUUUCAGCAGCGAAAUGUGAAUUGGCUUAUUAUUAGUAGUUUUGUUCUUUUUCCUUUUCACUUUAUGGCAGAAUGUGGAUAUUCGGUAUUUGCAAAUUUCGGUUUUUUUUCAGCUGCUGGUGCAUCUGUAUACGAUAAAAAUAGAGUUAAUGUUAAAGCCGAAUUACUGUUCAUAUCCAUUUACAAUUCUUAUGUAAAUACAUGCAUUAAAUAUUAUUUAUUUACAAAUUCAUUUAAAGACGUGUGGAGAAUAAUUAUGUUAAAAUAUCAAUAUUGGCCAGUGGUUAAUUUGAAUUUUUAUUAGAAGUAAUGUAGGUACGUUAGAGUCCACCUAAUGUGCCGCACCAAGUUUUUCUGUGGAUUCUUGUGAAGAUAUGAGAGUGAGCACCAGCUCUAAUGGAAGGUGCUGGGGUAGACGUCUUCCAAUUCGAAACCUGUUCGGUAGAUUUUUGAAUGAACUGAGCGAAAGAUUGCGUUUAAGGCGUGGAAGGGGUGACACGAGUGAAGACGACGAAGGUUUACCACAUAGCCCAUGUAAUUCGCCUACAACAACUGAUAGUCCAUUUGUUCCUAUCAAUGAUCAUAAUACCAAAUCUCAUAGUACGUGUAGCGAUGGAUCGUUACUUAGCAUGGGCAGUUCGGACACAGAGGAGGAUUCUAUUGGACUGCAGUCGUCACGGCAUUCGUCAAAAGUCUCUCUUUUUGAGAAGAAAAUAAUAGAAAAGCAAGAUUCUGAUUUUGGAAUUGGAUUGACUAGUAUUUCAACCCCUCUUAAUCACGCGGCUGCUCAUCACCGAGUUGCGGUACGACCUAAACGUACUCAUGGAGCACCCAGAAGGAAAAAUAUUCAACAGUUGAGCGGGACUACAUUACCUACUACACCUGAAGUAAAUGAAGAAUGGUCAGCUAACAGAAGUCUUACACCAGAAUCCACGAAAGAAAUAUUUAGCGAGAUCAAUGCAGGCAUGAACUUGAGCAGCAAUCGAACUCAAGUUUCAAAUGAAACACGAUUAAAAUGUUCUUCUUUACCACCCGGUUUAGCAGGACCUGAAGACUUGAGCAAGCUGAGCAGAAGCCAAUCAAGCGUUGGCAGCAAAUCCCAAAAUUCUAUCGGUCCCGUCGAAGAGGGACACGAAGAAAAGGAUCAGAAAAGCCAUUCUAUAUUCGGAAGGUUUUUUCCCAGGCGAAGCGGAAGAAAAAAGAAAGCCACCAGUAAACAAGAAACUGUCUCCAUCUUUCCAUAUUCUAGUGCUCAACUGCAAACCAAUCGGUCGAUUAAAACAAACGUCUCUGUAAAGCCUACACUGUUGCAAAGAACUGGACCAGCUGCACGACAGCGUGUUCAGCCCAUUGAUAUUCCAGCAUCUCCAGAAUUAAUGAAUCGUCAUACAGAACAACACGGCGCUCCAAAAGCUUCCCCCGAAAUUUUAACUGGAACUUCUCCACUGCAACAGGAACUUCAGAAUCACUUUAAAAACCAUGCGUUCACCGUAAAUGCAAACGGAGCGAAACCUCCGCGACCUCCUGUUGAAUCACCUAAGUCUCCAAAAUUAUUGAAAGAGGAGACCAAAAUUAAACAUUUCGAAAAUCGCGGGGAAUUCAAAACGAAACAUUUUGAUAUGAAAGAAGAGUGUAUGCACAAACCUAAAAUAACCGGACUUUCUUCCUUGCAACAAAGAGCCAUGCACCAUAAUUAUGAAUUGGAUGAAAUUGGUUUUAAAUCUUUAACUGAUCUGCCAAGUAACGAGACUUUAAUUGAGCAUAAAAGUGUCGCAAAAUCACAUAGUUUUAAAGAUGAUUCAAAUAAGGAAAAUUCUUCUAGAGAUAUACAAACCAAAUAUGAGACUACAGAAACACCUCAGGAAAUUGUAAAUGCUGAGAAACAACUGUUCCAUAGAUUAGACUCUAAUGAAAGUAUAAACUCAAUUAAUUCAAACAGGACAAGUUCCACUGAAUAUUUAGACAGUUUAACAACAAAUAACGACGUUAUCGUUUGUGGUCCUAGUCAUAAGGCCGUAGUAUCGGUCUGUAACACAUCCGAGAGUGAAAAGAAUUGUUUUAUUCGCAGCAUUGAAAGUGAGAGUGUAAUAGAAGAAAAGACUGAAAGGUACAUCCAAACCGAUGAACAAAAAAAUGUCAAUGAAAUUGCAGCCAAAGAAAAGAACAUGCAAGAGCAAACGAAUAAAGAGCAGAGAAUAUCAGUUACUAAAAUUCAGCUUAAACAAACUUGUAACAGUUCUAAUUUCAAAAAAAGCAUACCGGAAUUUUUAAAUAUCCAACUAAAUAAAGUUGAUCCAAAACCUAUAAAAAAUAUAGUUUUAACUGCCAAUUUGCAUUCUCCUAAAAAUGUAGAUUCAGAUGUAGAGCAUAAAUUAAAAAAUACCUUUAAUUUUGAAAUGAUUUCUCCUAAGUUAGAUAAUAGGAGACGUAGAUUUAGUAGAGAUGAAAUUGAAAUUUUUGAAAAAGAUAAUUGCCCAAAUGACAGUAAGAAAUCUCCUACUGACAGUAUUUCUGCACUUUCGUCUCCUACCUCGAAUCAUUUUUAUAAAAAGAACGCAGAUGAUCAAUUCCAAUACCCUCCACCAAUUAAAAAAUGUAAUGAAGAAAUUAAAAGCUGUAAAUCGCUAUUAAAAAGCAAAUCAAAUAGUUUAGAAAUUGUUGAUUGUAUUAGGAAAUCUCCAGACGAUUUGGAUAUUAAAUCAUUACAAAGUAGUUUGGACAAGCUCGAUUGCACUAAAAGUGAAAUUAGUAAUAGUAGUAGAACAUCCUCCGCAAGUAGUUUACAAAACGGCGUAAUAUCUGAUUGCAUUACUUAUAGGAGAAAAUCAGGUGGAAGAAAAAGGGAAGAAGAUGAACCAGAAUUGAUGAAAGUUUUUGCAAGAAGAUCUCUUAAAAUUAAGGAUGAAGAUGAAGAAAUAUUGCAAGAAGAAAUACGAAAAUUUAAAAAGGAAGAUUUGACAGUGGACACUAAUUCACUUAAAUCUCGAGAUAGCGAUAAAGAAAAUCAACAUGACUCUCCAUUAGAAAGUAGGACACUUCCUUUUAGGGACAAAGACGCCAACAGACUUGCAGUAGUUGAAAAUAUAAGGGAAUCAGAAAAAGCUAUUAAAGAGCCCUCUCAAAAUGAUUCGGUUGAAGUAAUUUUCAGAAAACCCUUUAACAAUAAAUUUUCCGGUUUUCCCCGAAGUACCAGCUUGAAUAUGCCUCGAGUUCAAGAGUCUAUUGUACAAGGUAAAAUUCAUACACAUGGUUCGUUUGCUGAAAAAUCUAAGACUGAAAAAAUAGACACAAAUAGUAAAAGUUGGAUUAACAUUAGCAAACAACAAGAGGAUAUUAAAGAACAAGUAUUUAAAACGAUCAUUCAAAGUGAGGUAAUUCACGAUAUUUCGACUAAGAGCGAUUUGGAAAAUAAAGAUUUUCCCACUUUGCCAAAAAAUUUUAUUCAACGGAAAGCUGAGUGGGAAAAAAGAGCGCAGGAAGCUCUAAAAAAAAAAAGCCCUUAAAAUAUUU